CACACUUCUGCGAUUCGAACACCGUUCUACUUCCCGGUCGCUCCUUCACUUUCACCGUGUCUGAUGUCAUAGCGCCUCAUAAAUUAGCACAGCCAGCGCCCAACCUUUCCACCUUCACCAACCUGCUCAAUUGACGUGGUCAUGGCUACAUCUACAACCGAUGGAGAGAAGAAGCCGUUUCGUGUUGAAGCAGCUGCGCGCGGAGGCAUUGUCACAAUCGUAGCCGGUUCCGAAGCCGUCAAGUACCUUGUUCACAAAGCCGUUCUCAUGGAACACUCGGCAUACUUUGAAAAAGCUCUGCAGGGCCCUUGGAAGGAGGCGGAAGAAGGUGUGGUCCGUCUAGAUGAUGUCGAACCUGAGAUCUUCGGCGUCUUCGUUGACUGGAUCUACUCUCAGAGAGUCUCUCAGCUGGGUCUUGAGACUGAGUAUUUAGGCAUAUCAUACAGGAAGCACUUUCAGAUGACGUGGUUGAAGGCCUGCAUUUUGGGCGAUCGCCUCCUCGCUCCUAUGUUUGUCCAGGCUUUCCGGUACGAUCUUGUUCACCACCUCGUGAAUCAUCAAUCCGUGCUCUACGACACGAUCAUCUACGGCUUUAGUAACCUUGCGGCUGGCGACCCGUUACUGCGGAUGGUGACCGACGUCCACAUUUACGAUAUUGUCGAGGGCAGCGCCCACGAUGAUCAAGAGCUGCGAAUGUAUUUGCCCAUGAGAUUCUUACUCGCGAUCAAAGACAAGUUCGCAAUAGUGUUGGAUACGCAGGAAGACGUAUGCAACUUGGACACAUGUGAUUAUCACGGUCAUACCUCUGAGGAGGAGCGAAAGAAGUGCAAAAAGCGCCUAGAAGAUAGUCGACGCGAGUGUUGUUAGGAGCACUUCCCGGCAGAAACAGAGAUUGCAAAGCGAGAUGGGAAGGCAGGACACAGUGAGCUACAGGCAUCGACUAGCCUGACAUGAGCAUCGUGAGCCAGUGGAUACAGUUCACAAACAUCCGAUAGCAAUACAACGAUUGCAAGAAUA